GAACUUAUAAUUUAGAACAACAUUUCUAAAUCAAGUUUCAGGUUUGACGAGUUCACGCCAAAUUGAUAUUUAAAAAAUUAAAAUUGAAUCUAGAAUUCACGGAAAUAUUGGAAAGCGAUUUGCAUAAUUUAAAAUGAUAUACAAACAUUUAAUAUCGCUUUUUAAUAUCCAGCAUUCUGUUAAUUAAACACUUCAAUUUAUUCAUUUACUUUUCGUUACAAAACUUUGUUGCUUUGCCUUUUGGUGAGAGAGAUUCUUCUCAGUUAUUUUUGCUUUUCAGAAUAGGCUAGUUGUAGCAGCAAAUCAUAUAUAACUCAUAUAUAAGUCACCUCAUAUACUCCCGAGAAGGCUUAACCACUGUAGUGCGCAUCACUCUAAAGAAAUAUCUGAGACAAGUCCCGGACCUUCACAGCCAUGCUCUUCGAGAGUUUUGACCUUGUCUCGGCGCUGGCGACGCUGGCUGCGUGUUUAGUGUCCAUGGCACUUCUUCUGGCCGUGUCCCAGCAACUCUGGCAGCUGAGAUGGACUGCAACACGGGACAAGAGCUGCAAGCUGCCUAUGCCCAAGGGCUCCAUGGGGUUCCCCAUCAUUGGAGAAACAUGCCAUUGGUUCUUUCAGGGCGCAGGUUUCCAUGCGUCAAGGAGGCAGAAGUAUGGGAACGUAUUCAAGACUCACCUGCUCGGACGGCCGCUCAUCCGGGUCACGGGGGCAGAGAAUGUGCGUAAGGUCCUGAUGGGAGAGCACAGCCUGGUCACUGUGGACUGGCCCCAAAGCACCAGCACUCUACUGGGUCCCAACAGUCUGGCCAACUCUAUAGGAGACAUCCACCGCAAAAGGAGAAAGAUCUUUGCUAAAGUCUUCAGUCAUGAGGCUCUGGAGAGCUACCUGCCCAAGAUCCAGCAGGUCAUUCAGGAGACCCUGCGGGUGUGGAGCUCUAAUCCUGACCCUAUCAACGUUUAUCGUGAGUCCCAGCGGCUCUCCUUCCAUAUGGCACUGCGUGUGCUCCUGGGUUUCCGUGUCUCUGAAGAGGAGAUGCACUGUCUUUUCCGCACUUUCCAGGAUUUUGUGGAGAACGUUUUUAGCCUUCCCAUCGACCUGCCGUUUAGUGGCUAUAGGAAGGGUAUUCGUGCAAGAGACUCACUCCAGAAAAGCAUAGAAAAAGCCAUCAGAGAGAAACCACUCCACACCCAGGGGAAAGAUUACACUGACGCUCUCGAUGUGCUUCUAGAGAGCGCCAAGGAGAACAACACAGAGCUUAUGAUGCAGGAGCUCAAGGAGUCCACUAUUGAGCUGAUCUUCGCUGCUUUUGCCACAACAGCCAGCGCCAGCACGUCUCUGAUCAUGCAGCUGCUGCGACACCCUGCGGUGCUGGAGAAGCUGCGCGAGGAGCUGCGGAGUUGUGGCCUGCUGCAUGACGGCUGUCUGUGCCAGGGUGAACUGCGACUGGACAGCAUCAUUAGCCUCAAGUACCUGGACUGCAUGAUCAAAGAGGUCCUGCGUCUGUUUGCCCCCGUGUCCGGAGGUUACCGCAUUGCCACACAGACCUUUGAGCUGGAUGGUGUACAGGUACCCAAAGGUUGGAGUGUCAUGUACAGCAUCCGUGACACCCACGACACCUCAGCUGUGUUCAAGGAUGUGGAGGCCUUCGAUCCGGACCGGUUCAGCCCAGAGCGAAACGAGGAUCGCGAGGGCCGCUUCCACUACCUGCCCUUUGGCGGUGGCGUUCGCUCCUGCCUCGGCAAGCAGCUGGCCACUCUCUUCCUCAAACUCCUGGCCGUGGAGCUCGCGGGAGGGAGUCGCUUCGAGCUGGCCACGCGGACAUUCCCGCGCUUGAUUUCAGUCCCCGUGGUGCACCCCACCGACGGCCUCCGUGUAAAAUUCUUCGGCCUCGACUCCAAUCAGAACCAGAUCAUGGCCAAGUCGAACGAGAUGUUGGAUGCCACCGUGUGACAGACUGGGCAGAAGAAGGAACAGACUUCAUACCUUGAGCUGUCACCUGAAGUCGAAAAAACUCUCAUUUGCCAAAAAUGUAUAGUCUAUCAUUUGUAAAGAAGUAUAUCAUAAAUAUAUAAAUUGAACUGAACGUAUUGCUACAUCAGGAGAGCACAAGAGGAAGGUUUCAGAAAAGAAGAGGCGAAAGGGACAGUCAUAAAAGCCGAUGUAGAUGUCACAGGGUCUUGAGAUGAGAAGUUUUGUGUGAGUGUUUUUUUUCGUGGAUGCUGAAUUCAUGAAUAUGUAUAUACAGUAUGUGUGUCCUUUUUGUGUGUGUGUUUAAAUACGUGUUUUUUCUUGUGUGCCUGUUUGCGUGAGUGGACAGGUUGUUUUUCAGCUAAGGUAUUAGGAGUUAGAGUAGGCAGUGUAAACUAGAAUGAAUGGGAGGGUUGUGUAAUCUACUCAGGUGUGUUAGCAGUACAGAAGGAGCUUUCAGACUAACCCAGUACUUGUUAUACAUGCUCUCUGCAUAAGUGACAAUUCAUAAUAUUCUUUUUAAGAGAGCGUGAAAAAGAGGCGAUGGAUGAAGAGAGAUAUAUCUAGACAGAGACUAUAAGAGAAAAGUAACCAGUGCAGGCUCUCAAAACAAGCUAUAGAGGGAAUGAGGGACUCAUUCCUGCUGCAAAUGUUAUAUUUGAAGACAUGUAUGAAAAAAAGCAAAAAAAAACAACAACAAAAAAACAAGUCGUAUAUGCUGCUUUGGGAGUCGCUUUUUAUUUAUAUGAUGGAGCAGAGUGCCAACUGACCUCUGCAAAGAGGAAGGCUUCUCUUUUUUUCCUGCUACUCCACAUCAAUAUACGAAGAAAUUAAACUGAACAUACAGUAGAUGAUGGUGGAACUGAUUGGACAAUCAUCAGCCAGUAACUCUAUAUAC